AGCUAUCGGUAUCGGGUGACGCAUACGAACAAAACAGCUCGCAGACGGGAGGAAACGCAAUAGAAGAAAAAACUUAUAUUAUUGGCUAUAUCCGUCUUAUUAGAAAGUGAAAAAGCAGACCAGCCAGGAUGAGUUUCUUUGGGAAGAUGUUCGGCGGCAAAAAGGAGGUGGCGCCCACCACCGGCGAGGCGAUACAGAAGCUGCGCGAGACAGAGAACAUGCUGAUCAAGAAGCAGGAGUUCCUCGAGGCCAAGAUCGAGGACGAGCUGAACAUAGCUCGCAAGAAUGCGUCCAAAAACAAAAGAGUGGCCCUGCAAGCGCUCAAAAAGAAGAAGCGCCUGGAGAAGCAGCUUCAGCAGAUCGAUGGCACCCUGUCCACCAUUGAGAUGCAGCGCGAGGCCCUGGAGAGCGCCAACACGAACACUGCCGUCUUGACCAACAUGAAGAGUGCCGCCGAAGCCCUCAAGCAUGCCCACCAGAACAUGGAUGUGGACAAGGUGCACGACAUGAUGGACGACAUUGCCGAGCAGCAGGACGUGGCCCGCGAGAUAUCCGAUGCCAUUUCCAAUCCAGUGGCCUUUGGGGCCGACCUCGACGACGAGGAUCUCGAGCGGGAACUCGAUGAGCUGGAGCAGGAGAACUUUGAUAAGGAAAUUAUUGGCAUUCCUGAGCCGACGCCCACAUUGCCAGAAGCGCCCACAGAAGAUUUGCCAGAAAAGGCCAAGGAGAAGAAGAAGGCGGCGCCCGCCACGACGACUGCAGCCGAUGAUGAUGAUCCGGACAUGAAGCAGUUGCUGUCCUGGUCCAACUAAAUCGAAGCGCUAUCGAAAUCUCCGCACUGUCCUGCAGAUUCACCCCCUAAACCCCCAAACGUUUUUGUUUUAAUUAAAUAAUCGAUAAUGUUAAUUAAGCCAAAAUUUUAGUUUGAAGCGAGAGAAGGAGAGAUAAACAAGGCAACAAUUCCUUUGGCAAUCUAUCAAACGGUACAUCAACUAGGAAUGUGAUUUAACAAAUAAACGAAAGGAGCAUAUAGUCAGUCCACGCUUAAUCCGCAACCGUAGGCAAACCAGUUAAAAUACAGUGGAAUAAUUUGAUAUUGUUUAUUGAAUCAUUUGGCGAAUUUUAUUGAUUUUGUUUCGCUCAACUUCGGUUUGGUUGGCAGUCAACUGAUUGUAGAUUCAAUAUUCCAACCAACCAAAUUCAUAUUUAAAAAAAAAAACAUCGCAAUAUGGUGUUGUGGCACUCAUUAUUCCGAAGUUUUAGCUUUGUAAUGGAAUGUUUCACAUAAAUAAAGUUAAGAAAAACACA